ACUGGAAACAAUAUGACUACAUUUAUUUUGCAAACUCGACAAAUGACAGAGGCGGAGAAAGGGGGGCCUGGCAGCACGAGAGAAAAAGCGUCCAAUGUAAAACCGCCACUCAAAACACGUGCUUUUGAAACCCGGAAAUAAACAACGCUCAGACUUUUGACCCAAAAAGUUCACCACUUCAGUGUGUCCAUUUUCUUUCCAGUCGGUUAUAACCUGUGUCUUCAUGCAGAAUGAGGUCGGCUCUGCUUCAUGUGACGGUACCACUCAUGUUCUGUGUUGCUUUGGUGAACACGAACCUGUUCGGUGAAGUUGAAGUGGACCUGACUUACGAACAUUACGCAGAAAGAAGGGCUGAAAACAUGCCUGCCUUGUUGGUAAUGCCGUUCAACUGUUUGGUUAACGUGGCGUACAUCUUCAUGGGACUGUACUGGCUGCUCUGGCGCAGAGGCGUUGCGGAAACGGAGCAAAGCUGCUACUUGAGACAAGUCUUCGCCCUCAUGGCCGUUUUCUACGCACCAGUCCAGUGGACGCGCCUGGCGACGAUGCGGCGCGCUCCCGCGGUGCUGGACCAGUGGCUCACCUUGCCCAUCUUCGCGUGGGUCCCCGUGUGGGUCGAUUUCAUAGAACGCGCGCCGGGGAAGUGUCGCGUGUCGCACGCGGCGGCGCUCGAGUUGUGCUCCGUCGCCAGUUACGGCUUGGCGCUCGCGCACGAGCGCGGCUUUGAGGUGGCGUUGGGCUGUCACGUCGCGCUGGCGUUGUACAGAGGAGUCCGAGUGCAGGCGGCGCGCGGAGACAGCCGCACAGCGCGCUACCUCCUGCUAGCUGCGCUGUCCUGUGCAGGGUUCGUGGUGCUGAAGCUGCUGGAUCACUGGCUCGCUCGGUACUGGGUCUUCCAGAGUCUCACGGGACACUUCUGGUCCAAAGUGUGUGACGUGCUGCAGUUCCACUACAGCUUCUGCUUCCUGACUGCGUUAACAGACAAGGCGCUGAGAAAAACUGCAGCACAGCAGAGGUGAUCAGGAAAAUCACCCUUAAGUUCAACCCUCCUGUAAAACCUUCAUCUGGACUACUUCAUUAAUCCUCAGGAGAUCCCAAUUCCUAAUAAAAGUUAUAAUUUGG